AUGGCGCCUUCUAUUGCAACCUCUGAGCACGUUGACCUUCGGGCACCAAUAAAGACCCUGCUCAAGACAAACGCAGGGCACAACAAGGAGAACGUGAUCGGAUAUGGGGAAACCUACAAGCAUGCGGAUGAGCUAAAAGGCACCGUCAAACAGCCUCCUGCAUCGUUUCCUCAUUAUCUUCCCGUCUGGGACAACGAGACUGAGAGAUACCCACCCCUGCAGCCCUUCGAGCAUUAUGACCACGGCAAAGACGCCGACCCGGCCUUUCCAGACCUCUUUCCCAAGGAUGCGUCCUUCCACCGAGACGACCUCACGCCUACCAUAGGCUCCGAAGUCAGCGGCAUCCAAUUAAGUCAACUAAGCAAGGAGGGCAAAGACCAGCUCGCCCUUUUCGUCGCCCAGAGGAAGGUGGUCGCCUUUCGCGACCAAGAUUUCGCCCACCUUCCUAUUGACAAGGCCCUCGAGUUCGGCGGAUACUUCGGCCGCCACCACAUUCAUCAAGCUUCCGGAGCCCCCAGGGGCUACCCGGAGAUUCAUCUUGUGCACCGUGGAGCGGAUGAUACCAGCGGAGCGGACUUCCUUGCCCAACAUACAAACUCUAUCACCUGGCACUCCGAUGUGACCUUUGAGGUGCAGCCCCCCGGAACUACCUUCCUCUACCUUCUCGACGGCCCUACGACUGGCGGAGACACUCUCUUCGCGGACAUGGCACAGGCAUACAAGCGUCUCUCGCCUGAAUUUCGCAAGCGUCUGCACGGUCUAAAGGCCGUGCACUCCGGCGUUGAGCAAGUUAACAACAGUCUGAACAAGGGCGGCAUUGCCCGCCGUGACCCUAUUAUGACGGAACACCCUAUUGUGCGGACUCACCCGGUGACUGGGGAGAAGGCUCUCUUCGUGAACGCUCAAUUCACGCGUUACAUCGUCGGCUACAAGAAGGAAGAAUCCGAUUUCCUCCUCAAGUUCCUCUACGACCAUAUCGCCCUAUCGCAGGAUAUUCAAACCCGCGUGAGAUGGCGCCCUGGCACAGUGGUCGUCUGGGAUAAUCGUGUUGCCUGCCACAGUGCGCUUUUCGACUGGGCUGACGGCCAGAGACGCCACUUGGCAAGGAUCACGCCUCAAGCAGAGCGGCCUUACGAGACGCCGUUCGAAGGUUAA